AUGAAUUUCGUUUCGGUUCGGUAUGUAAUCUGAGUCUGUGAUUUCGGUGAUGAAUUUCUGAACAUUCAACAUUUGUGAAAAUGUCAGGAAUAUGUCGAAAAUGAUGUAUUCGUUUUUGUGGAUUUUUAGAACUUUAGGUAUAAUGCAGAUGGAUUCUAUUACAAUGGUCUAAAAUAUAAUUAGUUUGUUAUUAUAGUUGAAAAGAGGUAGAGUGAUUUCAGUGUGUUAAAGUCAUAAGACUUGUGUCAUCUGUCUACUCUUCCUUCAAGAUGGCUCCUCCACCGGAGUAUGAUAAGGAACCGAAAGCUCCAGAUAAAAGUGUGACAAGUAAUUCAACUGAAGAAUCAAAAUUAGUGUACAACCAUAUAAAGGAUCAAUCUGCGAAUACGGAACACAAAACCACGACUGCGGUGGGCAACGUUGAUGUAGAGAACAAUAAACACGUGGAGGCUCUAGAUGACGGCCAACUGCGCGCCCUGCUCGAUGAGGCUAUCACGUACAAGUGUCCCAAAGAUCGCGAGGGAAAGAGUAGUUUAUUUAAGGAACUGUUGGAAGAAGUGGAACAGGACGAGCAGGCGUGCGAGGCGGCGGCGCGACUGGGCGCGGGCAGGAACAACAGACGCGGCCGCGCCCACCGCGAGCACCACUCUAGUCUACAGGACCUCGUAGCGGCGAUGGCGGGCGAGGCGGCGCCGCGGCGCGGGCGCGCGCACGCGCACUCGCACGCGCCCGCGCCGCCCGCGGGGAACGUGUCGGCGCGCGCGCUGCACGGCGGCAGCCUGCCCUCCGGCGUCGACACCUCGUUCCUGUUGGGCGAGGAGGCGGGCGUGGGCGUGGGCGUGGGCGCGGGCGCGCGCGGCGGGUACCUGGCCACGGUGCGCUGCGUGAACCCGCCGCCGCUGGCCGAGCGCCGCGUGUCCACGGGCGACGCCAACGCGCCGCAGCCGCAGCAGCCGCCGCAGGACCUGGACGUGAUCACCAGGAGGAGCAAGCCGAUGUUCCCGAUGACGUAUACGGCGCGCGCCACUCUCGAGAUCGGCAGCGGCAGCGUGUGCUCGGGCCGCGCGGUCACCACCACCACCGCCUCCAACCAGGUGCGUACCCCCUCCGCCCCCAGCGCGCGCUCCCUACCAUCCAACCAAGCCAAACUCAUGAACGCCCUGUGUGCCUCCCUCAACAAGUCUCCAGGCGGUGGUGCCACUGACGGAGUGAUCACUGAACGUCGAGUGCACUCUCGCAAACGCGGGAAACGACCGCGCGGCCCGGCCCCGACGAACAGACAAUCCGAAAACUGUAACACUAAGAAUAUAACCGAAAAACAUAAUACCGAAGAAACUAGCGAUGUGUGGAUAAAUAGUGUCAAUAAUUGGUAUAAAAACUUGGAUCGUUAUUCUCAUCAUACAGGCUAUAAAAAUGUGAACAAGUUUACAAAAGCAUUUUGUGGUAUAGGACAAAAUGCGGAUUUAUCUUCUAAUAUAAAUAUUUUUGAUAACAAUAUCCAAACCAUAAAACCUGCUAGUAAAGAUAUAUGCAACUAUGAUAUGAAAGAUAGCAAUAAAAAUUGUAAAAGUUUACGGUUAAAAGAUAAAUCUAAAGAUAAGCUCAAUUGUGAUAAUACUGAAAUUAAAUUAGAUAAUAAUAAUGAUGAUGAUCAAAGUGAUAUUAUAUUAAGAAAACAAUAUAGAGAAAGAGUAGGAUAUAAUUUGGUACCACCUACAAAGGUAACGAGUCCAAGAUAUAUUAGAAAGUCAACUAUAGCUAAGCCCCUGUGCACCACUAAUAUCGCGAGCAAAGUUGAGCAACCUAUCACAGAAUGUCAUAAAAAUCUUAAAAGUAAUAAAAAGUUACCAAAAGUUGAUCCAAUGUUUAAUUUGAAAGAAACUGUCCAAGAUAAAGAAUUAGAAACAGACAACCUUUCCACAAUUAAUUUGCCCACAGAAAAUACAAAAAAUACCAAAAAUGAUAUUAACUCAGAUAUUGAAAUGAUCAACAAAUCAUAUUUAGUUGAAACAUUAAAAACCGAAAUAGAGCUGGUCGAAAUACCUAAUUAUUGUGAAGCUACAGUAGAAUCUGAUUCAUUUCUUGAAUACGUAGCUACUCAGAAAAAGCUUAUGAAGAAAUUGGAAAUAAAUAACAAUGAGGAUAUUUCGAAUAAUUGCUAUAGAAACACAGAUACGGACAAUAAACUGAAUGAUACAACCAGUCUAAAAGAAGCUGAUAGUAAAAUAAAGUAUCUGAAAUUGGAUGAAAAAAAUAACAUCAGUACAAAUUACGCAACAGAAGUAAUAAGCACGACAUCUAAAUCAGACGUUAAUACAGUCUCGAGCAGCAAGUCGGUUGUGGCUGACCUUCCAAAUAACGCUUACAUCCUUCUAACAUUUCCUAAAAGCUUUCUUUCAAAUUCUUCCACAACAAACGAACCAUCUUCCAAAAUAAAAGAGAUCGUUAGUGGUAACACUACUAACACAACAGAUUGCAGUGAAAACAAUGCAAAUAAAAAGAACAAAAAAAAGCUUAAACAACAAAAAGCUAGUAACGUUAGUAUGGACAUUACAAAUAAAAAUCUCCUUAAAAUGCUACUCUAUAGUGACAGUCCAGAAGACACAAACAGUGUAAUACAAAAGAAACUGUCUUCUUACAAGGAAAAAGAGGUGGAUUCUGCCAUUCCCUUUAGUUGCAUCACAACACCAGAAGUUGUGGCCAGUUGCAACACGACUUCCUCUACGGCGGUCGCUAUCGAUCCCAAGCCGCUGCAGCUGGUGUCGAGCUACCGCGCCGUGGCGUGCCUCAUGGACGGCGCCUUCCCGCCGCGCGCGCCCUCGCCGCCGCACGCCGCGCCCGCCGCCCCCGCGCACCCCACCUCGCCCGUGCAACAGCCCCGCGGCGCGGCUGCGAGCGCUCUCGGCGGCCUGCCGCUGGCGCGCCCCGCGCCCGCCGCCGAGUACAAGGUUCCUAUACUCACUGUGCACUACCGUUUACAGAAAUCUCUCGAUGAAAACGGCAACGCGGUGCAAGGGUUCGGUUCGCCCCUCUCGGGCUCCAGCCAACAAAAGAAACCGAGGAGAAAAAAAACGUCCAAAAACGAGACCGUCAUCAAAUCGCACCAGAUAGACGGAUACCAGGGCAACAAGGACAUCGACGAGGUGCUGCGCUUCAUCGAGUCCAACGCGGAGACGGCGCGCGCGCCCAAGCUGCGCAAGCACAAGGACGACGACGACAAGGGCAAGAAGCGCUCCGGCGAGCGGCGCAAGGACAAGGGCGGCGAGCCCAAGCGCGCCUCGUCGCUGGAGGAGCUGUCGCGCACCACGCUCGCCGACCUCACGUGCGAGCCGCCGCCCGGCGCCAAGCCCGAGCGCCGCUCGUGGGGCGCCGACGCGCGCGCGCUGCUCGAGCCCGACCCGCCCGAGCUGGCCGACUUCCAGACCGUCACCAAGAAGCGCCGCGCGCGCCGCCGCGCCGACGAGCGCGCGCCCUCGCCGCCGCGCCGCCGCGCGCCCUCGCCCGCGCGCGCGCCCGCCUCCGCGCCCGCCUCCGAGCGCAGCAACGACUCCAACGACGACACGGACUGCGCGCACUCGCCGCCGCCCGCGCCCGCGCCGCCGCCCGCCUGCGCCUCCUACGCCGACAUCGCGCGCACGCGCCACAACAUCCCCGACCUCAUCGAGUCGUGCAACUUCUACGCCGAGGGCGACGAGCGGCCCGCCGCGCCCGCCGCCGACGCCUACCCCGCGCUGGCCGCGCGCCGCGCGCCCGACGAGCCGGCCGAGCCGCGCGCGCGCAAGGAGCCCGCCGCGCCGCCCGCGCCCGACGUGGUGGCCGACCGGCGCCCGCCCGUCGUGCUGCUGGCGGCGGGCGCGCGUCCGCGCGACAUGGACGGCGUCACCUUCGGCUUCGACGUCAACGAGCAGCUGCUGGGCGCGCGCUGCGACCUGCUGGCGCACGGCGCCGUGCCCGUGCGCGCGGGUUGCGCGGCGCUGCGCUACGUGCCGCCCGCGCCGCCCGCGCCGCGCCUCGCCGCGCGCCUGCACCAGAUCGUCGACUACGUGGCCGCAGCUUGGGAGGACGCGAUACGCGGCGGCAGCAAGGUGCACUACUUCAGCGAGUGUGCGGCGCGCAACAACUAAUCGCUGCCGACGACGACGGCCACCGUUGACUUUCAAAGUGAACUAUCGAGUGAGUUUCGAUAUACGAUGUAAGUGAAGCUACGUUAAAUAUGUGAGUGUAAUGUGGUUGCUGGUGCAGUCAGUGCGGAGACGAGAGAAAGACUCCCGAGGUGAAAUCGAGUUGUUGUCGACAAACAAUAGUAUGGUCGUACGAUGUCGUGCUCGUAUAUUUCGAUUCAAUGCAUAUGCAGACUAUAGCGUUGAUGCUGAAAUUGAUUACUUUUACGCUUUGUAUAUAAGAUAAAUGGUCUAGAGCAUUUAACUCUUAUUAAAAAAAGAUUCAGUAACAAAAAAAAAAGAAAUUAUUUACUUUAUGAAUUAUGUGAUGCCUUUUAUUAUGAUCAUGGUAUUAUUCGCGUAUCUCACGAGGGUUAGGGCAAAAAUGCAAUUGUAAAUGAACAUGCUAUUUGUACUACUGAGUUGUUUUUAAAUCAACCACAUACAAACUGUGUGUUUUCUUAGGGUAAAUUUAAUUUACUACAAAUACAAAAUUCCCGAUUCUCAAUAAUCGCACACAAAAAAUACUAAUAUGGCUCAGUAGUAUGAAUGUCAGGGUUGCCAGAAAUUGUAUAAUAUACAAAAUGAGUUAACUUAAACAGACAUUACUUAUUUUUGCAUGAAUGCAAAAAAGUAGUUAAAACUUAAAAACAGGCUUAGUAAAAAUAACAUGAAAAUAUGACCGGCAGCCCUGAUUGAAGGCUUACUGUCCGAACUGGACGGUGCUAAUAAAUAAUGAUAAUUAUUAUAAUUAAUAAUUAUUGUUGUUAUUAUAGCACUACGCGAACUUGCAGUACAGGCAAAUCACAAGACUUGAGUCCUCAUCCCUGUGGUACAGUGGUGUGACAACUUUAUUUUAAAAACGGAAAAAACUCAUAGUUUAGUAUAAGACAUAUAAUAAAUCUGAGCUCGUUUUCCUUAGGAAAUGACAGACAAUUUUGUUCGUGAUUUUGGGUGUGAUACUGGUCCUUCUAUCUAUAUUGUCUGAGUUCCUUGUCCACCAAAAUAUCGCCCAAUGGCGAUGGAGUUGUCCCAGUCACAUCUCUUUCGUCCUAACGCUAGAAAGAAAUAACGGUUGCUCCGCCAUUGGUUGAAUUUUGUUUAUUUCUAUUCACGGCAUUAUAUCAUUGGUUAACUGUACUACGCGGUUGAGGGCUCAGCCAUACGACUAGCCUAUAGUACUGUUAGUUAGUACUCCAUCUUUUGAUGGACAAACGUUACUUGCAGUCAUACUAUUAGGUGUAAGGGAAUAUUCUGUCGUUUUUCUUUCUUUUGUUUUUUGGGAAUAUCUCAUGGAUAUCGCCUCGCCAUGGGAGGACAUUUUUAAUCCCCACAGACACUAUGGUGUUUCAAAUUGUGGACUGAUGGGUGAGCUAUGGGACCGUUUUGCAAAGUAACGUGUCUACCCAGCGGCACACGCAAAAACAAUUAAUCUAGGGUUAGGUUAGGUCUACUCUAGGAUUUACAGGACACUGAUUCGUUGAAGACACAUCGGGGACAUAGAAAACGUAUUGUAACUCACAGACGUCUCCGCUGGGCAAUAGAUUUCUCAUAUUUGCCUGGGGUGAUCUGGAUUAUUCUUUGAAAAAUAUUACACAAUGCGAACCUAUUUUCGUCAACCGUCUUUGGCAUAUUUUGUGUCUAUCGCGUUUUUCUGUUUUAGGAUUUGGAAGAUUAACAGUGGAAUUCGUAGAAGUUUUGGAGGCGCCCCCAGGGGAUCGUUCACUCGCUAAGUGUCCAAUUUAAACUAUGCGUUUGAGAAUUCGACACUCAGCGGGUGAAUGGUCCCCUGGAGGUACCCCUGCAACAUAUAUGAAUUCCAUAUAAAACAUGUUACAAUCUCAAAAUGCAUAAAAGUGCAUGUAUUAAAAUGCCAUUUGUUUUUUUUAAUAAUCGCGGGAAGUUGGCGAACGACACGACUGAAGCCCUCGUUCGCACGAGAGAUUUUUUAACGGACGUUAAGGAAACGUUCAAAUACAACAAAUGCAUCCAAGUACCUAUAUAUUCACAGGACAGCGUUUUCAAAACACAACGCUUUUUCGAGCAGUGUUGCGUUUUCAAUUUUGAGCGUUGGAAAUAGACUUUCUUUAACUUCAUACUAUAUUUGCUUUUUUAACGUCUGUUAAAAAAGCUCUCAUGUGAAUGAGGGCUAAAAAUGGCAGCCCUCGUAUUAAAAAUAUUCUCUCACCCCAAAUGCGUAAACCACAGAACGUUCCCUUAUGCCUGGAAUUAUAUAAUUAUGUAAAAAUGUGUAUUCAGUAAUGUAUCAAAAUUUAUGUACGAAUUGUCCAAAGUAGCUAACAGCUGAAGAAGCCGAAAUAUUUGUUAAUUAAAACUGAAUGUAAAAAGAAACAUGUUUUGUUAUGUUAAUGUUUGUUGUGCUUGAGUUUGUUACGUAUUCACUAUUAUAGAUCCUCUCUAACUAUUUAGCUACUUAUAUUUAAUUUGUUAUGUAUUUUUAAGUCAUACUAUUUUACAUUGUACAUAAAAUGAACAUUAAUUGCAUCGCAUAAGUUAUAACUGGCCGAGUGGAAGUCUCUUAAUAUUAUGUCAAAGUUCUUGUAUUGAUUUUCUGUUGGCUAGGUUUUAUGAAUUGUAACAUGAUUAAAAGUCGUUUUAUAUGUAUAACAAUAAUUAGAGAUUUAUGGUUAACGAAUUGUUUGCACACUAAUAUAGACGAAUAUUUUACGUUUUUUCUUUUUAAUUAUUUGUCAGUUAUAUAUAUGUAUAUACAUAAGUUAUAUAUACAUGAACAUAUAUUAUUUUAUUUAAAGAUUUACUUCAACGUGUGACUAUAGGCAAACCGGUUAAGUAAGUCCUCUCUCACUUGGUACAGUCGCGCGCGGUAUGAUGACAGAGGAGGAUACCUGGCGUAUUCCUUAUUCAUUCAUUAACGACUAGUAAUUCAUGUUAGAGUCCUUUUCAUGAAAGAAGUACCGCGGCUAAAACCUGAACUAAAAUUGACAGCGCCCUACACAAAUUACAAUAAGACCGCCAUCACUAAAUGACAAUGAGCGCCAUUAAGACAUUAGCGCCGCGUCUGGGGGACUUCAUGAAAAGGACUUUUCGUGAUUUUCCUUUAGACUGUCUAGAGACGGAACAUAGGCAGGUCACAGAACAGUAUGCUAAAGCAAACUCUUUAGCAAUAGAAAGAGCAAGGGGGCGAGCCUUGCGUAUCCUCAUAUAAGAUGACAUACGCUAAUGUGUUGUCAUAAGAAAAUGGACUUUAAUAACGGUUAUAUAGAGUGAAUUUUAGUUUAGCACUGUUGACAGAAGCGAUUUCCAGUAUAAUCAAAAUUCCGUUGUCUCGAUGCACGGUCUAAAGACCGUUCUUAUCUCGUCUAGCAUUUACACUACAAUAAGAACUCGGGAAACCUGAGACAAGCCAAAAUCACAAUACUUGUCUACUAAUGUAGAAGAGCCGUGAUAGCCUAAGUGGUUAUGUCCUCUGCCUCCGAUUUAGGAGGGCGUUGGUUCGAAUUCGGUCUUAGGCAUGCACCUCCAACUUUUCAGUUAUGUGCAUUUUAAGAAAUUAAAUAUCACGUGUCUCAAACGGUGAAGAAAACAUCGUGAGGAAACCUGUAUGCAGAUUUCCUCCUGAGAAUUUUCUUAGUUCUCUACAUGUGUGAAAUCUGCCAACCCGCAUUGGGCCAGUGUGGUGGAUUAUUGGACUAACCCCUCUCAUUCUGAGAGGAGACUCGUGCUCAGCAGUGAGCCGAAUAUGGGUUGAUAAUGAUGAUGAAGAUGAACGUGGACAAGCCCUUCAAGCGCGAAUGUUGCCAUUGCCGCCCGCACCUCUCCCGCCUCUUACGUCUCACCUCGCACCUUUACCGACCGGACGAAGAGUUAUAGCUUGGCAACUUCGUUCGUAACACUCCCAAUGGUCCGCGGGGGCCGGGGAGCGCGUAGCGAUGAACGAAAAACCCACGACUGAUGCACCUCACUUCCCCGCACGCACGAUUUCACACCCGCGCAGUCUUUCCCCCGUCGCCCGCAUAUCAUGGGAGUGUCAUCAACGAACUUGCCAGACUAUAGUUAAGCUGUUUCUCUAUAGAUUCUUCUUUUAGUAUAAUGUACUCACAUGUACAAUAACUAAGAUACAAAUCAUUUAUGUUAAAAUUUUAAAUUUUUAUGUAUUAUUGAAAAAAAUAUAUAAAAUUGGAUACUAUAUCUAUAUUGAUGUAGUAUGCAUACACGUUUUAUGUUCUCUAAAAUUAUGUACAUAAGAUAAGUUAAUGUAAGUUACGUGAAAGUUUCAUGUCUAUAAUAGGCCGUGGUGUCAGCUUACUUUUUAAAUUGUUUUUUUUUUGUCUAAUCUAAAAGCAAAAAUUAAACAAAUAUGAAGAAAUUUUCCAUUUUUUAAAUCUUAUUCAGAAUUUUAAGCAAAGCAAGCUAACCGACAUCUUUUGCAGAAUUUGAAAUUUGGUUGUAUAUAAAUACUGGAGACAAGAAUCACUUUCCCAAUGAAAGAGAAUUGGUACCUAACAAUUAAUAAUAACUAUGAUAUUAUGAAAGACUUUUCAGCCAAGAGGCUCUGACUUCAAGACCUGCAUUUAUAACAGCAAUUAAUGUAAGGCUCCCUUCACACUGGCGCAGAAUCGAAGAGAAGUGUCGCAAAUCGCUAAAUAUUUUUGCGAUAUUAUGUCAUGAACUCUCGAGUUCAUGGUACUUUUAAGUAAACACAAAUAUGCAUUUGCUAGUGCUUUCGAGUCGAGCGAAUAUUCGCGUACAAAGGUCAAUGCCAUAAAAUCCCAGGCUCGGCUCAAAAAAAUGUAACUCUCAUUAUUAGGUUUAAGUUGAGGCCAAACGUGCGUAAUUUUGUGAGUUGUCAGUCGCGUAAUUUCUGCUGCAUUCGGUUUCAUUAAAGGUCCGGUUCCUGUCACACGGCGUCGCAAAAUGAGUUGUGUUCCGACUGAAAGCGAAUUUCUGCGACCGAAAUUACGCGACUGACAACUCACAAAAUUACGCUUGUUUGGAACCUCACCCUUAAAUGAGUAAAUAAAUAGUGUAUUUUCCUUUUGUAAGUUCAUUUGACUCCUAAAUGGACGACCGGUCGCAUCGCAUCCGUUACGUGACAUGUAAAAAAAUAUAAACUCACUAAGGGCAAUAGGCGAGCACAGUAUCAUGCAUGCGCGAUAGAGGAAUAUAAAGAUUUUUUAAAUGGCUCACAACGGUAGAUUAAAACCGCAUUCCCUGACUGUCGGCUUCUUCAACGCAGACGGGCUCACCGAUAAACUCGCGGUCCGCGAAUGGUUAAUAAAUAAGAAUCGUCAUUGAGUUACUAUGUUCUACGUACUAGAGGAACUUUACCAAAAGAAAAUCAUGUCGCCUGGCUGAUUGAGGUAUUUGCUGCAGCGCUAAAAUAAUAGUUAAGUUUAUCCAUACUAUUAAAAUGUGCAGCGCUAGAUCGCUUGUAGAAUAAAAGCAGACGACCGCGACUUUGUCCGCUCGUCCGACCUCUUUAAUCCGGCCUUGUCGCUUCAGCUCUGUCUCUGUGCCAAUGUGACGGAAGCCUUAUGUCGUUCUCCCACAGAGAUAUACAACAAAACCCACAGAUCAAAUAGGGAAAAUAGGUCAACCACGGAAUGAGAGAUACUAAGUUUUAAACUCUAAUACAUCUUCGUUUUUGUGUUCUAAAAGUGUUCUCAAUAAUCACAUAGAGUCUCGUGUUUGCGUAAUUUUAAGAGACAUUUUAAAAAACUUUUAGAACUCUAAAAUUAAGGUGUAUACGAAUUUACAACUUAUUAUCUGUUAUUCCGAGUUUAAAUCUUAUAUGAGUGGGAUACAUCCAGUAGCGUGGUACUGACAUUGAAGGUCGUAGCUCAUUAGAGCCACCCGUCUCUAGGCAUCCACAAUGCUUUGCAAGUCGGGUCCCGGGUGGUCUAAUGAGCUACGACCUUAAACGUGUCAGUCGUACGUCGUAUCGUUUUCAGAGGAUAGCGAUAUUGUAUGACAGCACAGCGUAUCAACCACGAGUCGCUUGUCGUUAGUAUCGUGGGUGAACGGCCUUAGAUAUUGCAUUUUCCUACCUAGCGCUUGUAUACAAAUGUCUUCCAAAUGUAUAAAAUGUAGUGGACAUCUUUAACCAAAGCGCAUUGAAUAUACUAUCUCAAAUACCUACUAAAAUACUUUUGUUAUAAGAAACCAGCAAAAUUAAUAGCCGAAAACGAAAAAUAUUAUAAACUCAUAAAACAAUUAAUAAUAAAUAUAUUUCAAUCAAUCAUGUUGUUUUUUAUGAUGGAAUGAAAAAAACUUUUUUUUUUUAACUUAAUAAUUUGGAAAAGAUAUUUAUAUUAUGAUGAAAAAUCAGAAAAAAAAAAUUAAAUCGAACUAAUUAACUGGAAUAUUAAUUGACGACGAUAUAUAGGUACAGUUAUACAUAUUACUAGGUGAAUAGAUCUGAGACCACAAAACGUUAUACUUGUUAUAAUGAUAAUCUAUGUGAUGUUCUCAUAUGAAAAAUACGACUUGAUUGUUUGUUUAUUAAAUUUCAUGCAAUGUUAUAGAAAUGGUUUGAACAUUAAGCAUAAUAAAUAAUUCAUUAUCCUUUGUAGGGCCUCCCGGAUUACAGGGCCCCUUAAAUGUGAAACCAAAAAUUAGUAAAAUUUAAUCUGGUUGCUUCCCAGAGAAAAAAAAACAUGAAAACUGCUAAGGUAUUUUCGGAACUUGCCCCUCGUCUAUUGGGCCUCCCAACUAAUUUUGAUACAAGGCCCCCAAGCUACGCCACUGAUCGUUUCAUACAUUUUACAUAAGAGACAAUGUUUUAAUGUACCAACUUGGGCAACAGAUGUAACACAUGAAAAUGAUGAGGAAUCAGUCAUCCUGUUUCUCUAGACUUCUUUGACACCUGAAAUUGUUAAGUAAGCUCUUGCUGUUGAAUCUCUCAUACCAUAAUAAAUUUUUAAUUUGCCUCCAUAAAAAAUACGUUACAAUUAUGAUAAGUAAAAACAUUGUCGUAUAUAGAUUGAUGUGGCAGCGCUCCAUCUGAUCCUACUAUUAGAUAUGUUACGUGUCUACAAAAUUACCGGAAAAAAGUGAUCCGAAUUUAGUUACUCCACGCACAUAUAUGCACAAUUUUGUGUUUACUUAUAUAUUUAUGUAUAUGUAGUUUUUGCACUUCCUGAACACAACUCGACAUUGUAGACAAUAUUUACGUAUUAUUUGUUUAAAUAACUUUCGUUGUUUACAAUAGGUACAACUAAGUAAUUGAAAUUGAGACAAUUAGCCACUUUAGUCCGCCUCAGUUUCGACGCGUUAGUGACAUAUCUAAUAGUAUAAAAUCUUUGAUCUAAAACUACAAGUAAAUACACCAAUCGACCUAAUAUGUGAGCCAAGCCAAAGACAUUGUGAACCAGUAGCGAUCGAACCGAAAAUAUCACUCUUUUGUUCCAUUGCAACGACAGAGAGAGCUAUAUCUCCGUUUCGGGACUGGUCGCUACGUAUGGUAGUAGGUAAUUUUGCCUUCACGAAAUAUUUCGUUGACGAAUCAUGCGCCUACAGACAAAGCAGAGCAUUAUGUAAACAUAAAUAGGUUAAGGGUGUAUUUAAAUUUCACGCGAUUAUUAAAUGACUCAUACUAGAGAUAAGACAAUGUGAGACUCGAAUUAGUUACUAUCUCUCUUUAACACGAUACUAUAGAUAGAGACGAAUUUGAAACUCGAGACGUGUUAUAUGAUCGUUUCAGAAUAUCGUAUCGAGACCGUGUAACAGGUAUGCGUAUCAUUACCGUACCCGUCAACAUAGGUUAUGUUCCACUUGGUUCCUAAGAAUCACGACCAUGCCCGCCGGCGCAGUGUUUCUCGUUCCACUUGCUUGCUAACGAUGCAUCAUAAACUCAAGUGGUAUGGAUUAUGGUACGUUUUAAGCGUUGAUGUAAAUAAUAUACCUAGUGAGUUAAAAAAACGCAAAUCGAAAAAUAUCAAUAUUAUUAGUAUAGUUCUGAUCCCCAAGUGGAACGUGAUUAUGAUAGGCGUUGGUGAUUAAUUUGAAUACACCCUUAUUUUCUAUAACAUGUUACGUAAAAAUAAAGGUCCUGAUAAUUAUUUUUAAUUCGCUUAAAUAUAUCUAUUACAGUCGUAAAUUGAAGUUUGGGAUCUGCUAUUGUGUAAAGGGCAGCCGUUUGUCGUGGUCUAGUAUCGAAUAUUAUCACUUAGCUAAAGAAAUUGUCUUCGCCCAACUCUUAAAGGGGCUAAACUUGUAAGACCCAAAGCUAGUCGAGAUGAAAAAAAAACAAAGCCGUAUUUUUGUGAGCAUAGCGUUAUUGAUCGCUUAUAAAUAUCUUUUUAAGAUUUGUAUGGUUAGUAUUUAAAUUUAAUAUACGUCAUAAUAUUAAUAUACUUAUCACAGUAAGCCUUUGAAUAUAUUAUAUGUGUGUGGUCAGUGUAAAUAUGAAAAUAUCUUCAAUAUUGUCUUUCUGUGUAAUGUGACAGUUUUGCUCACCGUAACUGGUUACUCCAUGUGUGUGUUUUUUUAUACUACUGUCUGGAAUCUUUACCACUUUAUCCAAUCAGAUAGCUAUGAUGGCAUAUAACUACUAGGCUAGGUAGCUACGACCACUCCUCACUGAGGAAUAUUUAUUUGUUAAUUAAUUGUGAGGCAUUUACAUUAUACAAGAAAAAUAACAAAUAUAACUGUCUUAUCUAAGAUCGCCCUUAAAUUGACAACCCUAUCAGGAAUAGCUACAAUAGGUACCUAUAUCUAUAUUGAAAACUUAUAUUAAGUAACUCGUUUUGCUUUGUAGUAUUAACAUUAAGUAUCUCAAUUUUAAUUAGUAAUUACAAUGAUAAACUUGCCACAUGAUCAUUGAACUGAAUAUUUAGGACCUAGUCUAGCCUUAGAAAUUUGCUAAAUCUCAUUGGCGCGUCAGAUUGGAUAAUGUGUAUACGCUUUAAGGGAACAUUUACAAUUGUCGAUACGGAGCAUUUCGAGUAGUCUAGUAAAAUCCGCUCUUUGAAAUAAUGGUUCAUUUCUGACAGGUCAUAAUUAUUAUACAUAUAAACGAUGGACGUUGAGUUAGUGUUUCAUUUAUAGAAUGAUUAUAAAGUAGUUUCAUAGGUAGAAAAUUAUUAUCAUUAUUAAGAAUUGAGAACCUCCUCCUUUUUGAAGUCGGUUAAAAACUACUAUUGUAUCACCUUGUAAUAAACUAAGAAACGAUAUUUUGAGUUUUUAUUUAUUUUAUUUAGUGCUAAGUAUCACAAUGUCUACUGUUUAAUUUGUGCUACAUAGAGAACUAUCAAAUUGAUUACACAAAGUAAUUCCUCGAAUUUUUGUAUGGAAUGUGUUCCAGAUAUAUUUCACAUACGGGCGUUCUGUAUCGACCAAUGUAUAUGCUCCCUAUAACUGAUUCAUUAGUGUCGUGUACCUAAUCGUAUUCCUUAUUAACGAAAUUGUUGUAGGUGUCAAAGAUUAUGUAAAUCAUAACUAGAUAUUAAAAUAAAAUAUGCUAUAGUUUUGUACAUUAUAAAAAUUCAUACCCAGAAAAGGCUGUUUUAUGAAAAUGUGUUUACCUAAUAUAGAAAAAAAUGUUACAUUAUUUAAAAAAAGUAUUUGUUUCGUUUAACCAUUUGAAUUAAUAUUUUGUACUAAUUUUAUGUUGAACUUUAUUUCGCUUCUCGCCGAUUUGUUUAGUUAAAACCAUUUUUAGUGUCUCAAUUUAAAACAAUACUAAAAUUUGGAAAAUAAUAUUUGAUCAAUCUGUAAUAAACAUUAUGUUGUCAGAUACAGUCGGAGCCCAGCUCGAAUCAGACAGACAGAUAAGACAAUAAUAACGAAAAAAAAAAAACGUUUUUUUUUAUCUCCUUAUGUUCGGUAUUUAGAGAACGAUUGGCGUAAACUGUAAACGCUCAUAUCAAAAGCAUAAAAAUAUUAUUUAUUUCAUUUCCUUGUAAAAAUGUAAAUAGAUGUGCAUUGUGCAGACAUGUUGGGUUUGUUGAUUUUAGAGAUGAAAAGGUCUGAGUUGAUGAAUAUGGCUUUAGUCUGAGAAACUUCCGCCGGAUGGAGCUAAGGAUAGUGGAAAGUCAUUAUUGUUUUAAGUGCGUAGGUACGUGAAAUGUUUUGUGUGUUCGUUUGAACUGGAGCUGGCAAUGUUGACUUCAAGGUAAAACUGAAUUACCGUCUUGAUUCGUUUUUGGAGAACUCCAUUAUUAGGCCCAGGAUAGCGCUAUGGGAUUUCGUGACGGACCAUUGGCGGGAAAAUCGAAAAUCGAGAAAGUUCUCUUUCUUGAUUUGAUGACACACAAGAGUGCGGUAUUUUCGUCACAAGAUGUCGUUGACGUAUCCUAAUGAAACGUUAAUUAAAAUGUUUUUCAGAUAGCAUGGAUACGGUGACAGUUCGUUUCACUCUUGAGAGUUUGCCGCGAUUUACGAUAAUAGUACGUAUUAUGAACGUCAUAAGGCAACUAUCACCAUACCAAUGCUAACUGAAAAACACUAUAAGCAUUGUUUUUAGCGUACAAGGUGGGGCGAGUCACUCUUGCAACUAGAAGUGCUCGCUGGCCCUUUCGCCUGAGCUGUUUUAAGCCAUUGUAUACUAUCUCUUAAUAGCUGCAAUAUUAUAUUCAUUAUAUUUAUUGAAAUAUUUUAAAUGCAUAAUGCCUCGAGCUCUAAAAAGUCUACUUGUGAAAAUAUAAAUAGAUUAUAGCAUUACUUUAUUUUGAGGUUAAGUGGUUCGGUUCCUGAGAACUGAAGUGAUGAUGCUUAGAAAAUAUUGGCGAAGUGUAAAUGUAUAAAUAAAUUAAUGCAGAUACAUCAUUUUGUGCACUUGUCUUGAUUUCUGAAUAUAAAUAUCUUAAAUAAAUUAUGUUAAAAUUUUGUAAUUACAUAAUUUGAAGGAAUAAUAGUUAUUGUUUUUUAAUAACAUGUUGAUUAUUAAGAUGAUGAUGAUAAUGAAAAUUUUUAGUGCGAAAAAAAAUCAUCGUUAUAUUCUCAAGAGACCAUGAAAUUAUUUACUCCUUUAUUUUUCCCGCUGGACUGAUGUUUUUUUUUUUAUAUAUUAUAUUCAGAAGUCGAGGCAACUGUCGUAUAUCACAAUGUAUAAAAAUAAAAAAAAAUAUAUUUAUCUGCUUUACAUCUAACUCAGCGGUCUAUAUUUUUAUUCUGUUUCUAAACUUAGUAAAUAAGUUCCUCUUAAUAAAUUUUUUGAGUUUGAAAUUAUAUUGUUUGUAUAUUAUUUAGAUGUAAUUACAUCCAAAAUAAUCCCUUCUGUAAAAAAUGCAUUUUUUUUAUAUUUGUUCAAAGUUCAGCAUGGUCGCUAGCCUAUCUAAUGUUCAAGUGAAUUAGGUUCAAACCUUCAUAUCAAAAGUCCUUUUCACGACUUCCAAAUUCCUACAUUUACGAACAUACGAGUAGGUAGCUACAUGCGAUGAUGUAUGUACAUACAUAUUAGUUUAACUUUGGACAUAGAUGUAUUUAAUAUCAUAGAGCAAACAAUAAACAGACAACUUGACGUCAUAACGAGACUAAGUCCAUUUUUGUGAAACUUUACGUGGAAUGUAGGUGUUUUGUGAGGGUAGAACCGUAACUUUGAAUACUUUAAAAGGCUUGCGAUCGUGGUGACUGUAAAUAUUUCAGCUUAAAACGAAGAAUGUACCCUAAUUAGGAGUUAGACAAUUAUUAAAGUUGCAUAGUGAUCUAAUUAGGGUGAAUACUAAUUAGAAGUAAUAGUUACAGUAUUUGUUAUUUUUAGGUAACAGAGUAAAAAUCUAGUAACAUUUAAUUGAAUGUUUUGUUUAUAUAUUAACAAUUAUGUAACAACUGCUAUUUACAGUACUUUUUCACUGUUUCCGUUUUCUUAAUAAAAAUGUUGAAAUUA